AUGGUCAAUCGUGAUGUAUUGGACAAGGCCCGCGAAUCGGAAGCUACUGCCUACGUGGGAGAGGCUGCAUCGGCCAGAUUAAAAGAGGGGUACUUUUCACCUCAGUAUCCGGUCCCACCUCCUCGAUUGAGGAAGAUAGAUGCCCAUCCGCUGCCGCCGCCAUUGCAGUCUCAGCCUCAGGAAGAAAAGACUUCCACCACCGAUCCUUCUUCGCUGCCUUCCGUCCCUGCCCCUGACUCCAACCCGGGAGGCCCUCCAACAGUCGAAUCAGUCCAUGCUGACGCCCUGUGCCCAACAUCUAUCGCGCCCCCGGACCUUCUUGAAACACCACCUGCACCACGUGAAGGUCCUGCCACUGCCUCGGACGGAGCUCAUUCCAGCUGGCCGGAGGGUCAAUUGGUUGUGCCAUCGAUGCUUCCUCCACGCUGGAGGGAAAGACCCCGGCGAGGACAGCCAUCUGCAGUGACGCAUGCCACCGACGAGUUUCUUUUGGCAGCAUCUAAAAAACCGAAUUCCAGCGUUGGCACUCUGCAAGCCGGCGUCUCAUAUGAUGCCAAAGACGAGAUUUCCUCGUCCACAGCGAACUCGAAGAAUGAUGCGCCCACUGCCACUGGUAGUUCGCAAUUCAAUGGUUCCACGACAUCCGUAGAUGGGUCUUCUGAUAGGAGAGAGCCUGAGGAGAGCGGCGUUCCCGUGAAUUGUGGUGUUGCUUUACCUUCCGUAACUCGGGCUAAUGCGAUGGGUCACUCGGCCCCGACAAAUGAAAAAGCUAAGGAGCCGGAAAGGCGUAGUAUCAGGAGCCGACGGCCGUCCAUGAAGAAAAGGGAGGCCCUACAGUACGAAGCCGCACGGCGAGCUCCUGCACCAAACACUAAGGGUAUGCUUAGGAAAGCAAAGGCAAAGAGGGAGGAGCAUGCAGAUUCUGCAUCUACCCACAGUUCGUCCAUGGCAGAGACUCCUGCGGGCAGCAACAUUCAACCGUUGCCCCAAGCGAGGAACGCGCCUAGUUCAGACGGCAGCGCGGCGAAGACGCUGACGACCCAUACCAAUGACGUGGCUGAUUUAACCGUAGUAAGGAAAUUCUUCCUUUCCACAUAUGGGGAGGGAAGUUUAGGGAGGGAACAGCGCAGUGCCGGUCUUUCGCACGUCGAGCGAGUUGGUGCCAACUGUAGGCUUCGCGUUAUCAUCAGUCAGCCCUGCGAAGCAGCUGAACCACUCGGCCCGUUCGAUCAAGGAUACGCGCGUCCCGACGGACAGGAUUUCCAGGUCAAGAGAAGGUACGGUGUCGAGAGACAUGCUUAUGACGUGCUUGCACUCGCCGUGGUACUUGCUCUCGCUGCGCUCUUCUAUUGA